AUGAUAGGUUGGUGCCCAAUAGCAUUUACUGUUGAUAUUGUGCAAGUGAGUAGCCAGUUCAUUCACUGUUUUGUCAAGCCUAGAAGUAGUGAUGGGUUUGGUUGUACUUUUGUAUAUGGGUUAAAUGAUCCAAGUAGUAGGAAUGAGUUGUGGAGUGGGAUGAGAAACAUUGCUAUGCAUAGGAGGGCUCCUUGGGUUCUAAUGGGGGAUUUUGAUGCCAUUAGUGAGGUGGAAGACAGAAUUGGUUCUACUGUUAGGAUCUCAGAGGUGGCUCCUAUGAGAGAAUGCCUGAUGUUCUGCAAUUUAGUGGAUGUGAAGGCCUCGGGCAGAGUGGUGGCCACUCAAGAUUGGCUUGAUAAGUUUGAAUUAGCUGAAGCUUCUUUUUUGCUAGAGGGCAAUUAUGAUCAUACAGCAGUACUGUUGUGUGCAUACCCGGAGGAAAGCCAGAAGAGACCAUUUAGGUUCCACAAUAUGUGGUGCAACCAUCAAUCCCUUGUGACAACUGUGAGACAAGCUUGGGAUACCUCUGUACAUGGUUGUGCUAUGUAUAGAGUUUGUGUAAAGCUCAAAAGGGUCAAAGAAGCCUUGAGAUUGUUGAAUAAAGAGGGGUUUGGUGAUGUGGAAGCAGUCGUGAUUAAAGCUAAGGCUGAGUUACAGGUAGCUCAGAGCUUGCUACACAGAUUCCCUGAGGAUAUUGAAUAUGGUGAGAAGGAGAAGGAGGCCCAAAGUGACUUGAAUUGGGCUAAGAAGAAUCAACAUGCUUUGCUACAACAGCAAGCCCAACUUACCUGGUUGUGUUGUGGUGAUGAGAAUUCAAUGCAAGGAACAGAGCCCGCAAGUGCUCCCAACACUCCUAGAAAAGGGAAAAAGCUUACCGAAGAUCAUUUACAAAUCCUUAACCGUGAAUUUACAAGAGAGGAUGUGCGAAGGGUAAUAUUUAGCAUCCCUGAUGAGAAGGCCCUUGGAGAAGAUGGUUUUAAUAGUAAAUAUUUCAAGCAUUGUUGGGAGGUUGUUGGUGAUGACACUACAGAAGCUAUCCUAGAAUUCUUUAGGACAGUGCAACUCCUUAAGGUCAUAAAUGUGACGACUCUAACCAUGGAUCCAAAGGUUAAAUGCCAUGAGAAUGUAUCAGAAUUACGACCUAUAGCUUGUUGCACAAUCUUGUCAAUCUAUACUCUACUUCAAGGUGUCCAGAUGUUCUUUAAUGCAUCUGGGUUAGAGGUGAAUAAAAACAAGUAUGAAGUUUAUUAUGCUAAGGUGCAUGAAACUGAUAUACAAAGGGUAACUGAUGUUAGUGGGUUUUCUCCUGGUGUUCUGCCUUUCAAAUACCUGGGGGUAACAAUUUCCUCCCUUAAAAUGAAGCAUAGAGAUUGUCAUGAGCUGGUGAAUAAAAUGGUGGGGAGAAUUCGUGCUUGGAGUUCUAGGAACUUGUCUUUUGCUGCUCGAAGCCAAUUGUUUAAUAGUGUUCUAAUGAGCACCCAUGUCUAUUGGGGGUAA